AGACGGGGACAAAAAGACAACAAUCACAUGAUGAUGGGGGGUUGAUUUGCAGAAAACCUUUUUAAGCAUUUGGUUUUUAACAUUUUUAAUGAGUACACUAAAAAGUAAAACCUCACUCACCAUUAAAUUCCACGAGCGCUCUCUCUCCCUCUCUCUCUCUCUCUCUCUCCUCUCACACUCUCUCCCUCUUUUCUCUACAACAAAGAUCUGAAAAAGCAAAGCCAAAGACACAUUGGGUUUUUUCCUUUUUUUUUUUUUGUUUUUUUGUUUUUUUUGUUUUUCUGUUGUGGGUAGAAGUGUGUUCUUUGUGUUGUUGUUGAUCCGAACACGUUUGCUUCAGAUUCCCAACCAUUUUUCCUUUUUUGUACAACCCAAAGAACCUGCUUCAUCCUCACAUAUUGGGAUUCGGGUUCUUUCUAGAUUUGCUUGCUUCUUCACCACUCAAGAUUUGUGCGGAUUCAAUAUGCCAAAAUGCGUUUCUUCUGAGAUUGCCUAAUCAGAAUUUUCAUGGCUGGGGAGAUUGAAGAACCCUUUAGCAUUAACUUUCGGGCAGAUUCUUUACACUCUGGCUCUGUAUCAUUUGGAAGGUUUGAAAAUGAGCCUUUAUCUUGGGAAAGGAGGUCAUCUUUCUCACACAAUAGAUAUCUUGAAGAAGUGGAGAAAUGCUCCACACCAGGUUUGGUUGUAGAGAAGAAAGCUUAUUUUGAGGCUCAUUUCAAGAAAAAAGGUCAUUUACAACCAGGUUUGUCCGUCUGCCACUAUGGGACAAGAUGUCAAGUUAGUGAAAAUGAUGGCUUGGAGAACAACAGUGACAGGGAAGAAUUUGAGCAUGUCGAUGAGGAUGGUCAUUAUGCUCACUUUGAUGAAAACCCUCAAGGUUCAGAGUAUCCUGGAGACUAUGAAGUGACAAAAUGUGAAAGAGCUGACCCCGAUGGUUCAGAAUAUCAUCAAGAGUGUGAAGGGGCGGAAUGCGAAAUAGAAGAUUCCAGUGUUUUGUUUUCUUAUCCUAAGAUGGAACCUUCAUUGACUGUUGAUGAUGUUUUGUGGGAUAAUGUUGUUGACUGCAUUAAAUCUGAGACUAUACAUCAAACUGAAACUGGUUGUGACAAGUUUUCUUUGAGUAAUGAUGAAUCAGGGAUAGAAAUAAAUAAGAACCAUGAUGGUAAUGCAGUAAAUGCUGAUAAAUCAUCUCGCUCCAUUGAUUUAUCCCCCAAGACUGAACAAGAAGAAAAAAUUGACAAACCUAAUUUGGAAAGAUUGCGAACGUCUUCUCCCAAGUUGAAGCAUGUUACGGAAUUUAAACCUUCCAAAGCCAAAAUGAUUUGCAAGUCCACCAUUGCUCAUGGACAAAGAAACAUUCCUGGUGGUGUAUCUAAAAGUCCUGCUAAAAACCUUGGCAGAAGGGACAGAGAGGCUCCACGGAGAAUUGAUUCAGCAAAGCAGUCAUCAAAUGCAGCCAUUCCAAGCGUACCUUCUGUUCGCAGCACUCCGAAAAUAGAGGAUUCUCGAGGUAUGAAGGGAAAAUUAGUUCAUGAAAAUAAAAGUGGUGAAAAAGAACUGAAGGGAAAGAAAUUUGGUGAUUCUCUACUUUCUUCAUUGAAUGCUGGACCUAGAGGAAGAAAGACGGCUAGCAGGACUAACCGGGCUGUCAGUUGUACUAAGCCUGCUGCAAAGUCAAGUGCUGCAUCUUUCAGUUUUAAAAGUGAUGAACGAGCAGAAAGGAGAAAAGAGUUCUAUCAGAAGUUGGAGGAAAAAAUGCAUGCUAAGGAAGCUGAGAUGAAUAAGAUACAAGCAAGAACACAGGAAAAGACAGAAGCUGAGAUCAAAAAAUUGCGGAAAAGCCUCAACUUCAAAGCUACACCAAUGCCAUCUUUCUAUCACGUAGCUGUUCCACCAGGAUCUGAUGGGGGCAAGGCUGUAUAUAAUAAGACCAAAGUCACCAAACUAAGAAGUAAGACAAGCAGUUCUGGAAAUGGAGAUUCUUCUGGCCUUUCUUUACAUUUGGAGGCAGGAAAUGAUCAAGAUCCCACUGCCAGUGCUUCUGUAAAUACGAUCGAGUCACUCGACCUAUCAGGAGAAACUGACUGUGCAACAUCUAAGCUAUCUGAAGCUCCAAAUCCAUUGACCAACAAAGUCUGCUCCCCAGAAGCAUCGGCAAGAAAUAAUGUCUCCAAGAAGAAAGAAAAAGAGAGAGAUGCUAGUCAGCUCAAGCAUCGAGUAUCAGAGAGUAAUAAGGUGGCAAAAUGCCAGGGAGUUGAUGGAAAGCAGAGAAGUGGUGUCCAAAGAAGUAGCAACAACAUGGCAAGGAAAGGUGUAAAAGGAAUUGGGAUUGGAAGCAAUGCUGGAAUGGGUCAUCUCACAGUUCGUGUUUCGUCCUGAAGAAAUGUACCCCUUUUCACCUGCAAUCCACGAUCUCCUUCCCUCAAGUGAUCAUCAUUGCCAUCACUUAUUUCUGGAAAGCUUGUAUCACACAACAAUUUCCACCAUGUGAAAGUGAAUAAUAGAGAUAUGGAGGAAGUAGGUAAGGUCUACAUUUCCUUCAAUUUAUAGUAAUGGUAAGAAAUGGUUUGGUCGGUAUUCCAUUUCAUCACCAUGAAUGUUAUAGUCUCACAUUGUCUAUGUAAGCAGAAGGUAAGGAAACAUUUAGAUGGAUAGAUAAUAAUAAUAAUAAUGCUGUUUGAGAGA